AUGAGCAUCCACCAGACUUUGCCUUCAACCGCGCGUCGCCCCUGGUUGUUGCUAGCAGGAUUAUGUUCCCAGCUACUUUUUCGAGGAGAUACACUUAUUAGUGCACAGAAAGAUUCGUGGGAUCCCCAUGGCAAGUUUCCGUCUCCAACGCUACUCGUUAAUGCAACUACCGAGCAGUCAAACUUUUGCACACCACGUCAUCUAGAUUUGAUGCGUAGUAAACCAGUGCCCACGAACGCUUGGUGGGGCAAUCUCGUCACGUGUGAUAGCACCACCAAUGCUACUGGACCCAUCUGGUCGAACCCGUUUGCACUCAGUGUCGAGGAUUCAGGCGCGUAUGGCUUCUCACUCAGCUAUCCGUACCGCAACAGAUUCUUCGGCGGAGUCACAGACGGCGUUGCCAAGUACUAUGCGCACCCGAAGCGUAACGAAAUCCAACUAACCGCUUUCGAGUUCGCGACGUCGAUCCCGGAUAUGCAGGUUACCAAUUGGACAGACUUGGGCGUCACCGUUCAGCUUCAAGCCCCGUCGUCGACCGGUACCUUGAAAUCCAGCAUGGUGAGCGGCAUGGCGUACUUCACCGCCACGUACCAGGGUCUUACCCCCGAGAUCCUUUUUGAGGCUCCCAUUGCUACCAUCAAUGGAGCCUCGGUCAGUGUUGGAACACGCUACUCUGGGACCAAAUUCAACGUCCUUGCAGUGAGCGGUCAGCAGUGGUGGAUCCACGUGUACCCGACUUCAUCGCAGUCAAGCGGCAUCCAACUCAAUCUGGCAACUAGUAUGAUCCUACAGGGCUUGAGCUCGUUCGACGGUGUGAUCCGAGUCUCGGUCAUUCUUGAUUCCACACAAUCCAAUGCACAGGACAUACACAGCAGCUGCAUUGUCACGGGAGGAGAUGUAGAGAUCACCAGCGAUUCAAAGUACGCGUUCAAGUGGAAGACCGACGGUGAUUGCUCUAAAGGACUUUUCCACUACGCGUUAGACCACCACACCAAGUCUCUGACUGCUGCUAGCGUCACUGAAGUGGUUAAUGCCUCGAUGUAUUCGGCCACAAGAGGUCUCAUGAAGGGGUUUGUCACUGUGGCUUCUCCGCCUACGUGGGGUUUCUACGAGUCUCGGAACAUUCCUAUAACGCAUUAUCCACGAUCUCGAUUGACGAAAGCUGCAGCUUUACAGCAAGAUCUGUUGACGAAGCUACGCACAGAUAUUCAGAGUAUUUGGACUGUAGCAACGGACGGGAGCUACUACUUCACCGGUAAAAUGGUGCAACAAUACGCGUCGUUGUGUCUAAUGGCCAAUGACCCGGUGAUUGUUGGCACGGACUUGUCGCUAUUGCGUCGCUGCGUCACCAAAUUGGAGAGUGCCAUCACUCCCUAUCUCGAGAAUAGCUGGAAGUACAAGCUCAAAUACGAUGCCAUCAUGGGAGGCGUUGUGAGUUCCGAGGGGUUCGUGACGGGGGAUAUGAACGCCGACUUCGGCAACACCGUGUACAACGAUCAUCACUACCACUACGGCUACUGGGUGCACAUGGCUUCGGUGAUAAACUACUUGCACCCGACAUGGACACGUCUCGGGGAGCUCAACAAUAUGACGCGGUUACUACUCCGUGACGUUGCCAAUCCUUCUCGUGAGGACCCCUAUUUCCCGAAAUUCCGUGGCUUCGACUGGUUCCGAGGACACUCGUACUCGCACGGUAUGACUACACUUGGAGACGGCAAGGACGAAGAGUCCACGUCCGAGGAUAUCAACCUCGCGUACAGCAUGGCGCUGUUCGGUCAGACUACAAACCACGAACGCAUGAAGGACAUCGGUCGUCUCAUGACCAAGAUCAGUGUGCGCUCCAUCCAGACGUACUUCCUGUUUGACAGCACAAACACCAUCCACCCCGCAGCGUAUCGCUCCCGAAUGGUGCCCGGCAUCUUGUUCGACAACAAGGCCGACUACGCGACGUGGUUCUCCGCCGAUGAGUACAUGAUUCACGGCAUUCAGAUGCUACCGGUGACGCCAGUCACGGAAUACGUGCGGACGUCGACGUUUGUCCAGGAGGAAUGGGACAACAUCUUGUCCAAGCUGGACAUUGUGAAGAACGACGAGCUGUCCAACUCGUGGUUGUCGCUGCUGUACCUCAGCUACGCGCGGGUGAACAAGGCCAAGGCGCUGGUCAAGCUCAACCAAUGCACCACCAUGAUGAACGGCCUCUCACGCUCCUGGGCGCUCUACAUAGCUGCACAAUACUAA